GCCUGGGCAGCAUCGUGACGGACGGGCGUGAUGGCACCUUUGUGCUCAUUGGCUUCCCCGCCGACGAAGGCUGCGUCCGCAACGGCGGCCGCUCGGGUGCAAAGGGCGGCCCCGAGGCUUUCCGCCGCUUCUUCCACGGCAUGGGCACCGUGGUCAACCCCGAGUACGACGUGGACCUUCGCGACUACCUCACUGUCAGCGACGCCGGCAACGUGGCGGGCGACACACUCGAGGACAUGCAUGCCGCCCUGCGCGAGGUUGUGGCGGACGUCGUGCAGGGUGGUGGCAUCCCCAUCGUCAUUGGCGGCGGUAACGACCAGUCGGCCCCCAACGGAUUCGGGGCGCUGGACGGUCUACAGCGCAAGCACGGCGGCCGAGAUGGGGGCGAGGGCGGCGCGGCGCCCCCAUUGGCAAUCGUCAACAUCGAUGCGCACCUAGACGUGCGCCCACUGAUGGACGACGGCCGACCGACAAGCGGUACCCCCUUUCGCCAGCUCUUGGAAAGCGGCCAAAUCGAGCACGGGAACUUCACCGAGUUUGCUGCCCAGGGCAGCCAGUGCAGCGCCGAUCAUGCCGAAUAUGUCUGCGACCGUGGCGGCCGCAUCGUGUGGCUGUCGCAGCUCGGCGGCGAAAUCACUCCCAACGUUUUCGACCACUGCGUGCUUGGGCCGGCGGCGCGAAAGGCCUUCUUCCUAAGUUUCGACAUCGACUCAAUCCAGUCGUCGGACUGUCCAGGCGUGAGCUGCCCAGCGACGGUUGGCAUCACGGCCGCGGACGCGAUGGAGAUCUGCCGCCGGUGUGGUGCACACGACGGGCUCACUGUAGUUGAUUUCAGCGAGCUAAACCCCGCGGUGGAGGACUACCGCACGCCACGGCUCGUGGUGAAUCUUGUGUACAACCUAUUGCUCGGCUACGCCCUCAAGCAGAAGGGCAAACAAUCGUGA